AUGUCGAACUCGAGCAGGAAGGACUUUGACGUGAAGCACAUCUUGCGCCUCCGCUGGAAACUGUUCAGUCACCCGGCGGCGCCCGCGGGCGGCUGCUUGCAACCGGACGGCAGCUUCGAGCACUGGGGCCCGAGCCAGAGCCGGCUGCUGAAGAGCCAGGAGCGAAGCGGAGGAGGAGGAGGAGGCGGCUUCUGGAAGAAAGCUUCCUCCGCCUCGCCCUCGCAGUCCUCGGCCGCCGCCUGCCCGCCGCCCUGCGCCGUCUCUUCCUCGCCCCUCAACGGGACGUCGCUGCCGGCCACCCGGCUUCAUGGGCUGGCCGAGCCGCAAGGCCCUCCGACGGCCCCUCGCACCAUCUUCUACGUCGAGUCUCUGGACGAAAGGCCAGGUGGAGGAAGAGGAGGAGGAGGAGGAAGCAGCGGGGGGGACUUCGCUGAGUUCCCCCGCCCGGAGGAGAAGGCGCUGGUGCUGCGCGAAAUCAAGGGGGAGCCGCUGCCCUUCGCCGAUGGAGGCGGCCGGGCAACAGGUGAAGGCGCCGCGCACAGGCUCUCAGCGACCAACCAUCCUCUGACUCCUCAAUGUGAUAUGGACCUCAGUACUUCUGAAGAAUUCUACCAAGCUGUUCACCAUGCUGAACAGACCUUCAGAAAGAUGGAAAGCUACCUGAAGCAGCAGCAACUCUGUGAUGUUAUUUUGAUCGCUGGGAACCGUAAGAUACCAGCACACAGGCUUGUACUCAGCUCAGUUUCAGAUUACUUUGCUGCCAUGUUUACGAAUGAUGUUUGUGAAGCCAAGCAAGAAGAAAUCAAAAUGGAAGGCAUUGAUCCUGGCGCCCUUUGGGAUCUCGUUCAGUUCGCAUACACAGGUUGUUUGGAACUUAAGGAAGAUACCAUUGAAAACCUCCUGGCAGCUGCGUGUCUUCUUCAACUCCCUCAAGUAGUUGAAGUCUGUUGUCAUUUCCUCAUGAAACUUUUACAUCCAUCCAACUGUUUGGGAAUCCGGGCUUUUGCAGAUGCUCAAGGAUGCACAGAACUUAUGAAGGUGGCUCACAGUUACACCAUGGAGAACAUCAUGGAGGUGAUUAGAAAUCAAGAAUUUUUGCUGCUGCCCGCAGACGAACUGCACAAACUUCUUGCCAGUGAUGAUGUGAAUGUUCCUGAUGAAGAAACCAUUUUCCAUGCCUUAAUGAAGUGGGUCAAAUAUGACCUUCAAAGGAGAUGUAAUGACUUGAGUAUGUUACUUGCCUACAUCCGACUACCACUUCUUCCACCCCAGAUUUUAGCGGACCUAGAAAACCAUGCACUUUUUAAAGAUGAUUUGGAAUGUCAGAAGCUGAUACUGGAAGCGAUGAAAUACCAUCUUUUGCCAGAAAGACGGACACUUAUGCAAAGCCCGAGAACAAAGCCCAGAAAAUCUACAGUUGGGACCUUGUAUGCUGUUGGAGGAAUGGACAACAAUAAAGGUGCUACAACCAUUGAGAAGUACGAUCUUAGGACCAAUAUAUGGAUCCAGGCUGGAGUAAUGAAUGGAAGAAGGCUACAGUUUGGUGUGGCUGUUAUUGAUGACAAGCUCUUUGUUAUUGGAGGGCGAGAUGGCUUAAAGACAUUAAACACGGUCGAAUGUUAUAAUCCGAAGACAAAAGCUUGGACGGUUUUGCCUCCAAUGUCUACUCACAGACAUGGCUUAGUUGUCUUGGUGAGAGUUAUUCCAUGGUUAUACUCAGUUGGUGGCCGAGACGGAAGUUCUUGCUUGAGUUCUAUGGAGUAUUAUGAUCCUCACACCAAUAAGUGGAACAUGUGUGCUCCAAUGUGCAAAAGAAGAGGAGGAGUUGGAGUGGCCACCUGUGAUGGUUUUCUUUAUGCUGUCGGAGGCCAUGAUGCCCCAGCCUCGAACCAUUGCUCCAGACUCUUGGAUUAUGUUGAGAGGUAUGACCCCAAAACUGAUACCUGGACAAUGGUGGCUCCAUUGAGCAUGCCUCGGGAUGCUGUUGGCGUUUGCGUCCUUGGCGAUAAGUUAUAUGCAGUGGGUGGCUAUGAUGGCCAGACGUACCUAAAUACGAUGGAAUCCUAUGAUCCACAGACCAACGAAUGGACACAGAUGGCAUCUCUAAAUAUUGGAAGAGCUGGAGCCUGUGUCGUAGUCAUAAAGCAACCAUGA